CUUCACUUCUACUAAUCAUCAAGAAAAUCUAGUGGUGGCACUGAAUUAUGGGGGCUGUUCGAUACAAAGCAAUUCCAAUGAAAACUGUUCACAGUGAGAAAACGGGUGGAGCGCAACACCGUAAUUACUAGAGCACAGUGACAAUGUAACGGUGUGACUAGUAUAGUCAUUACGGUAAAUGUGGGCUGCGGAGCCUGUGUGUCCGACAGACCGGGAGUUGCACUGAAAGACACUGCGCCUAACAGCCAGAUUCAGAUAUGCAGUUUUGCGGAAUUAGUCUCAUAUGAAAUCACGGCUGAGCAACAGAUCUGGGAACCAUAUCUCUGAGAUAGGUCUCGGAUGUUAUCCCUUCUUCUGAGCCGUGGACAACAUCCCAUCUAGCCAGGUGUGACGAGGAAUCUGUCCCCCUUGGCUUUCAGGUGAUCCUCUGACAAUCUUGACGUCAACCCCUGUGAGAUUUGGAGAGAGGACAGUUUUUUUGCAUCCAGCUUGACUCAUCAGCCAGUCCCAGACCACCUAACCAGCCAGAAGGAAAGACCCCCUUGCCCAGCCUCCCCUGCUGCUAGCUAGCACCAGCAUGGCAGACAGUCGACAGCCAGAAGACGGUGCCCCACAGUGGGACCCAUCAGGGGGGCAGGAGCCCACUGGCACCCAUGGAGCCAAUGGCUACUCUUCCUCUGCCUACAGGACCUGUCAACCCGGUGGAACUCACACGGCGUCCUACUCUGCCAGGGAGAAUGGCUUUAAUGGGGAGCUAACUGGUGCUCACGCUGUAACUGCAGAGCAAGUGUCAGCACGGAUCGUGCAAGAAGUGACGGCAGAGGCAGUGGCGGUACUAAAGGGAGAGCAGGAGACUCAAAGGCUGCCAUCAGUUGAAGACACCACAAAUUUGCCUCCCUCUCCUCCCCCCUCACCUGCUGCGGAGCACUUUGGUCCUGUCGAACAAGAUGUAGGGGAUGAGGAGGAGGCGGGCCCUCUCCGCCGCUUCCAAAAUUCUCGGGAGAGGUGCAAGUUCCUCGCCCCCUCCAUCUCAGUUUCCGUGCCCGAGGACGACCCCUACCACUCCGACGAGGAGUACUAUGAGCACCCAUUGUUCAGCCCAGAGUGGACGCACUCGGGCUCUCGCCCCACAGGGCAGGCCGUGGCCUUUAGACAGAUUGAAGAAGAGACCAUGGAGGCUCUUACAGCUGAAUACGAGGAGGAGGUGGAAGAGGAGGAGGAGGAGGAGAGUGCAGAGGCACCUGAGUCCGAGGCAGCUCUUGAUGAGCAGCAGUGGAGCGGGGAAGAGCCUGAGCUGGACAGCCCCCAAGCUGAGCCCUUAGAGCAGGCAGAGGCCAUAGACGAGGCACAGGAUCUAGACCUGGAGCCAGCCGAAGCAGCUAGUGCUGCUGCAGAAAGCUCUAUGGACAGGGAGGAGGAGGAGGAAGCAGAGGGUGAGGAGAAUCCUGAGACAGGUGUGUCCUGCCCUCUGCUCUCCUUGCCUGCAUGUUACUGCAUUGUCCACUGUAUAAGAACGCCAGAUCAUGCCAAAGCAUUACUUUUCUAUAGUGAUCAAAACAGCCAACUUACAGAUGUCCUUUCAGCUUUGAAGAUGGACUCAGACAAGCAGGGCAGCGAGAAAAGUGGUUCCAUGAGCCCAGACAGCAUUGGAUCGGAAAAACGACCAGAGGAGUUUUUUGAGCCUCAGAUCCAAGGGUUCUUUGCUGGUGAACGAGUUGUACCAGAGAGCCCCACCAUGGAUAUGCCAUCAUUUGUACCCCCAAAUGUUCAAAACCAAGCCAAAGAAUCUGCCAGAUCACUCACACUACAGCCUGCAUAUGGCGAGCCAAUCACGGUGUCAGAGAAACAGCCAUCAGUGGAAGUGGUGGAAGUCAGCAGCAUCAGUGGGCCCUCUGAUUUCUCUUCGUUGGGAGACAAAGUUGAAGGAGGAGACUCAAUGAGAGACGGAAGUGACAGAUCUGGCAUGUCAGCAUAUUUUGAAACAUCAGCCAUGGAGGUUGAUGAGGCUCCCCAAUGUAAGGGUGAGGGUUAUUACGAACUGAGCACAGCUGGUGAAGAGAAGAGUACAGUUGAAGCCAGGCCUCAGGAGAUCAGCUACAGCACAUUAGCUGAAGCCCAGGAUAAACCCGAAACAAAAAAAAGUACAUCAGAAAACAAAAGUUUGUUCACAGUUCCUGAUAGGAGUAAUGAAUGCAGGCUUUCACCGGGUAAACUAGCCCUAGAGCAGAGGAGUUACUCACUUAACAUCACCAUUGGAGCAAUGGAUCAGAGUGGGCAAGGCAGGCCUAGGAUCUUCUCCCCACUGGCCACAGAUAUCAUGUCUUACACAAGUGGAAGUCUAGAUGAAUCAGCAGACUACCUCCCAGUCACUACACCCUCCGUGGAUAAGCCUCAAUCCUUCCCUCCCCUGAUACUGGAGACUGCAGCUUCCGUCACCUCAGAUUCGUCAUCUCCUCCAAGAACCACUGAACCAGUUUCAAAACCCAGCUCUGAACCAGACUCUCCGGAAUCACCACAGCCUCCUAGGAGCACCUAUAAAAAUGGCACAGUGAUGGCGCAAGAUUUGCCUGAGAUGCUGGACCUUGCUGGGACCCGUUCCAGACUAGCAUCAGAAAACACUGACCCAGAAAUCAUCCGGAGAAAGUCAAUUCAAGCUGAUCUUCCUGCUUUUGGUGAUGACCCACUAGCUAGCCUAGUUUCUGGGGAACAGAGUCCCGGGGCCAGAAAGAGUGAAAGCCAGCUGGAAGAGAUGGGCUAUUGUGUCUUCAGUGAAUAUUCAGGGCCUAUGCCAUCCCCCGCAGAUGUGUUCAGCCCUACAGACACUUCUGCACAGGUCUUCACCCACUCUGUUCUGGAGGAGAAAGUGGCUGAACAGGCUAGGAAAUUAGCAGUCAGAGACACAUCUGUGGAGGACAAGAGCCAACCAUCAGAAGUUCCUGAUUUUACUGAAGAGAAAGACCAGAGACAAGUAGAAAGAAAAGAAUCUGCUGAAGAAAAGGACAAGGAAGUUGCGGAUGAUCAGCCAAAUAAAUCUGUAAGUGAGUGGCCACCUGCUCAACCAAGUGAGACUUUUGUGACACCAACAGUCACUGUGACUCUAGAAGAAGGCGGGAGGUCAGGGAGUGAGACUGAACGACAAGCCAGUGGUGAAGGCUCAGCAUCAGAAACUGAGAUUGCAGACUAUGAGAGGCAGAUCCGCAAAUUGGAGAUGGAGGACAGGCCUCUUAGUCUGGAGGAGGAAAGAGAACUGCAGGAGCUUCGGGAGAAGGUGAAGCUGGUCCACCAGGAGGCCUAUGAGGAAGUGGAUGCCGAAGAUGUGUACCAGCUGACCGGUGUAGCCAAGGACCGAAUUGCCAGGCCUGUCAAAACUUCACCUGCUUCGUCUGUGGAGAGCAACAUCGAUGAUGACAAGCUGCUCUCACCGGUGCUCUCACCUUCCAAGCUUAAACAAAGAGAAGUGUACGGUUCCCCUAAAAGAGUGGCUUCACCAGUGUUAGGAAUAAACAAAGAGGAGAAAGAGAAAGAGGAGUCAGAAAAAAAAAGGAGGGAAGAGCAAGAGAAGGAAGCAGCUGAGAAGAAAAUGAAAGAAGAGGCAGAGAGGAAAAUCAGGGAAGAGGAAGAAAAAGAAAAGCUAGAGAGGGAACUAAAAGAGAAGGAGGAGAAAGAGAAGCUAGAGAAGGAACUAAGAGAGAAGGAGGAGAAAGAGAAGCUAGAGAAGGAACUAAGAGAGAAGGAGGAGAAAGAGAAGCUAGAGAAGGAACUAAGAGAGAAGGAGGAGAAAGAGAAGCUAGAGAAGGAACUAAGAGAGAAGGAGGAGAAAGAGAAGCUAGAGAAGGAACUAAAAGAGAAGGAGGAGAAAGAGAAGCUAGAGAAGGAACUAAAAGAGAAGGAGGAGAAAGAGAAGCUAGAGAAGGAACUAAGAGAGAUGGAGGAGAAAGAAAAGCUAGAGAAGGAACUAAAAGAGAAGGAGGAGAAAGAGAAGCUAGAGAAGGAACUAAGAGAGAAGGAGGAGAAAGAGAAGCUUGAAAAGGAACUGAAAGAGAAGGAAGAGAGAGAGAAAGUGGCUGAGAUGGACAAAAAGCCUGAGGAGAUAGAAAGACAGCCAGAGGGGAAAGUAGCCAUGCAGCCUGUGGAGAAAAAAUCUGAAAUACCAGUUGGGGCUGACAAGGAGCAUGAGGAAGGUGAGCAAGACAUGUUAGAGAAAGCAGAGGCAGGGGCAGAGGCAGCAAUGGUGAAGGAGAUCCCAGAGACUCGCGCUGCCAUCGAAUCAGUGGUGACAGUUGAGGAUGAUUUUAUCACUGUCGUCCAGACCAUCGAUGAAGCAGAGGAGCCGGGGCACAGCGUUCGUUUCUCUGCUCCGCCUGAGGCUGAAGCCCUUUGUGUCGUUGCCCAGGAGGAGGAAGAGGAGGAAGAGGAGGAGUCUGUGGAGUUGGCCCAAGAAGCAGACAUGGAGGCUGCCAGUCUAGAGGAUGUUCCCGAGACUCCUGCCUCCCCAGAGAAGGCCGCUCAAACAGUAGAAACCGAAGGUCCGACAGAAAGCUACGACAGAGAUGAAACCACAAUGGACGACUCCAUCCUGGACAGCUCCUGGGUUGACACACAAGAUGAUGAUAAGAGUAUGGCAACAGAGCAGAUUGAGCCUUUGCCCAAGAUGUCCACCCCAGUCAAACCAUCUGCUGUGGUCCAGAACAAGCAGGCACAACAGAAAAAGGCAGAGAAACUGGAAAAACCUGUAAAACCAAAGGUUAAGGGAGGGCGGGCUAAAGGCCGAAUCUCCACACCAGAACGCAAACCUGUCCGCAAAGAACCUGUCUACAUCCCCAGAGAGGAAGUCAAGAAGAAAAAAGCUGUGAUAAAGACGACUGAGCUCACCAAAAAAAUGGAGACUCAGACUCAAUCCCCAUCCAAGAGGAGUUUGAUGAAACCAGCCAUCCGCCAGAACCGCCCCACCCAGCACCACUCCUGUCCUAGGAGGAGACACACAGAGACGCUACCAGACAGUCGUCAGCCUCUCAGUGUUGCCAGACAGUCUCGCGACAGAGCAUCGUGCCAUGCCCAUCGUUUGCCAUUAACAAAGAUCCCCACCUCCAUAUCCAGACUGGCUGCCUCAUUAGAUAGACCUCGCCCAUCCUCAGCAGAACCUCUAGGCUCCCCAGUAUUACAGAGACCCAUAGCCAAGGACGGUGGGUCAUGGAGCCCUGACACGAGGUCCUCUCUGCCGCGGCAUGCCUCCAUUCUGAGUCGCCGUGGAUAUCACGACCAAGAGGAGAGCUCCACCUCCAUCACCAGCUCCGGCUCCACGGCACCUCGCAGACCCACAUCAUUUCGCCCAGAGAUGAGGGCAGAGCAUAGGACAGGACGAGCCCCUAGUAUGACAGUUACAGAAACAGUGCGCUCCCGUUCAGCUCGCAGUGGCCACUCAACCCCCCGCACCCCUGGCUCCACAGCGAUCACCCCAGGAACCCCUCCCAGCUACUCAUCUUCCUCAAGGACCCCUGGAACCCCACGCUCCCUGAGCUUGAUUUCCCAGGAGAGGAAGGUGGCUGUGGUCCGCACCCCACCCAAGUCACCUGCAACCACUCCCAAGCAGCUCCGCAUCAUCAACCAGCCACUGCCUGACUUCAAGAACAUCAAGUCCAAGAUCGGCUCUACAGAGAAUAUCAAGUACCAGCCUAAAGGAGGACAGAUUCAUAUUUUAAACAAGAAGCUGGACUUCAGUCACGUACUGCCAAAAUGCAGCUCCAAGGAAAAUCUGAAGCACUCUCCCGAUGAAGGAAAUGUUCUCAUCCCUACUGUUAAGCUGGACUAUAGCCAUGUUCAGUCUAGGUGUGGGUCCUUGGACAGGCGGGGCUACUCGGCACGAGGUGGAAACGUGCAGAUACAGAACAAGAAGAUUGACUUGAGCCACGUGACCUCCAAGUGUGGCUCUCUAGACAACAUCCAUCAUCGGCCAGGGGGCGGUAACGUGCGUAUAGAGAGUGUGAAGUUGGACUUUAAAGACAAAGCCCAAGCCAAGGUGGGUUCCCUGGAUAAUGCUCACCACAUUCCUGGUGGAGGCCAUUUUAUGAUUGAGAGCCACAGGCUGAUGUUUCGCGACCAGGCCAAGGCACGAGUGGACCACGGAGCCGAGAUCAUUGUCCAGUCGCCGGGCCUGUCCAGCUCUGUGUCUCCCCACCGCCAUCGGGAGAGCCAACUAUCAUCCUCCGGCAGUCUCAACAUUACAGAGUCGCCGCAGUUAGCAACCCUGGCUGAGGAUGUCACUGCAGCUCUGGCCAAGCAGGGUCUGUGAACACUGGACCACUGGAUCCCUGGACAUCACUCGCCCUGAUUCCUUCAAACUUUUCUGCCCACUCCUGCCACCCUGAGGCCAACCUCAGCUAAACCACAGCCUCUAAACAUCUCCACUUCAAGAUCCAUCACUCCACUAUAAGUAGAGACUCGAAUUAGGAGCUACUGUACUUUGGUCCUCUUUAUUUCCUGUCUAUUUUAAACCCAAAUGUGCUAUUUCUGAUUCAUUUAGUUGACCUUUCUCUUUUUGAAUGAUGUUGCAUAGAAUAGUUCAGUCUGAGCACUGGUCCUCGAUUAAGUGGUAUAUACUAAGUGGGGACCAGGUAUUGGCUUGCCUGCUCCUGGUGUUUUGAAGAAGCUACAGCCUUUUUUUCUACAUUAAAUAAGAAGUAAAGUGGCCAGCACACCAUGCAGCACAUGUUGUUCCUGCUCAGUAAACGUGCAUGGACGCCAAACCCCCUAACAAACCGAGCAUCCUUACUGCAAGUCAUUUUUGUCAUCCAAUAUAUAAUAUAUUUAACAAAUAUAUAGAAACAUGUAUAAAAAUACCAGUUCUUUGCCAUCUACAUGUCCUGAAAACAUUUUAAAAGGAAGUGACAAUAUGGCUAUAAAAUAUACCUGUAAAAUUGCAUUACGCAAAAACUAGGUCAUGUUAUGACAAGCAUGUAUUGAUUCUAAUAUUAAAAGAGGCUAUUUUGUAAUCUUAAAAAAAGGAUUUUAAUAAGUUAUUUCCUCAGUUAUUGGGUAAAGAUUAAACAAGUUCAUGUUUUGUAGUUAUUAGUUGUUUACAGUGUAAUGCUUGGUGACAGUGUCAGACAGCUGAUUUGGUGUUGCUAAGGAAUGCAUCUCAGUCCUGUUAAAGAGCGUCAUACACAUAUACCUACUCAGUAGUUCAACACAGACUCCUGUUUAUAUAUCAGGAUAACAUUAAACACUGGAGCUCAUUUCACAAGCAUCCAUCCAAAAAGGAAACAGCCAAAAGAAUCAUGUCUCUACAGCUGCAGAUAUUCAGCUGACAUGAAUGAACAGUAUGGACAUUCCUCCGCUAACACAAUGCUGAGUUUGCACUCAUCAGGACUGUCUGAAGCGCAGGAGAAGGCGCUACAGAUGCGACUUGAGAUUUAGCAGAAGAUGCAGCUAUUCUGAAAUCUGUCUGUGUGUGUGCGUUUUGGUGCAGAUCCCAUGCUGUUUUACGAUGUAUGCUGCCGUAUCUGGGUGUUUUGUUGCAAUAUGUGGGAGACGAAAGUUGGAAAAAAUAUUUUGAAAAAUCCAUUAAAAAGACAAUUCAUGAAAGAAAAAUAAAACAGCCGAGGUAACUCGGAACCUGUUACAUCUGUUAGGAAAAAGUGUUUGGGUGAUCUAGUUUCUUUUUCAGACUCCAUUUGUGGUAUAUCCUGCCUCCUGCCUAAUUACUGCCCUCACCUGCGACCGUUUGUUUGCUUCUGUGUUUUUUCUGCAUAACCCAUCUCCGUGUGACCCCUUCCCACCUCCUGCUCCACCCUACAGCAACUGUAAAUGUACUUAAAAGGUCAAGUAGAUGUACGCAGUUUUUUUCUUGUUGAUAUGACACCAAUUACAAUAAUUAAUGACAAUAAAAAGGACAAAAAGUGA